AUGAAGCUUCCAAGGAGUUUCGCAUUCAUCAUUACUUUGGUGAAAGCACCGGAGACGUUUUUAAAAGGCGCGAACGCUACAGCUGAGUUAGAGGAGGUUCUUUCAUCCCUCGAGUUUGUCGCCCAAGCACUUCGGGCCUAUGUCCUCCAAACUAAAAUUAAUGGUAAGAAUGAUGCGAAGAGUGCAGAGUGGCAUGUCGAAUGGAAAGCUGAAUGGAUGGCUAAAGAUGAGAAGGUACUGAAACCUUGGAUGAGAGAAGUAGUUGUUGAUGAAAGUUUCAAGGAAGGGAAGAAGGACAAGAUUGAGCAGAGGAAGGUUUCAAAUAGGGACUCCACCAUUGAUCAUCAGGGAAUCCAAUAG